GGCGCCCCGUGGGAAUCGAACCUACAACCCUGGCGUUGCAAGCGCCAUGCUCUACCAACUGAGCUACAGGAGGUCUUGUCGUGAUAGGUAUUUUACUGUCAAACUGAAAGUAAAAGUAAAGUUAAACACGCCAUUUUAGAGGACGCGCAGUUCGAUACUCCUGUUCCAAUUGUUUGCAGAGAUUGAGAGGUUGAAAACAUGAACACUCAAUAUCCCUACAACAGAUGAUUUAUGUGAUCAGGUUUUCAGAGUGAGAGAUCUGUCUGAGCAGUCCAGAUUCUGAAGAGACAUUAGACUGUAUGGAGCCUGAGGGAGACCCUGAAGUCAUGAGCAGGAGUGUCAAACAGGAGAGAGUGGAGUCUCCUGCUCCCAGCUGUCUGUCUAUGAAGAGUGACAGGUCAAAGGGCCAAGACAUCAACUUCAGUGGAGGAGCCUGUCCCCCUGAUCCAAGUGCCAGUCUGCUGACUGAGGAUCUGUUCAAAUGCUCUGUAUGUUCAGAGGUGCUGAUGGACCUGGUCUCCAUUCCCUGUGGACACAGUUACUGCAGGCAGUGCAUCAGCACAUACUGGGUCCAGCCCUGCCCUCCAGGAGACUAUGUGUGUCUCCAGUGCUGUAAGAGAUCCAGAGCCCGGCCUGCGCUCAUCACUAACACAGCCUUGGCCAGGGUCCUCCAGGGGCUCCAGCAGGCAGGCUUCAGUCCUGCCCUCCCUGCUCUGAGCUACGCUGGGCCUGGGGACAUGGCCUGUGAUAUCUGCUCUGGACAGAAGCUCAGAGCGGUCAAGUCCUGUCUGACCUGCACUGUCUCCUACUGUGAGAGCCACGUCAGGCAGCACUACACCAUCCCAGCACUGCAGAGACACACCCUGGCUGAGGUCACUGGAGACGGGGGACACAAAGACCACCAUGGCAACGCUGGACUGACAGAGAGCAUCAAAGAGGAGACUGAGACUGAGGAGGAGGAGAGGGAGAACGUCUCUAAAAAGAGGAAGAUAAUAGAAGUUCAAGAGGAGGAAGAAGAUUCUUAUCGGAAGAUUUCUGAUCUGAAGAAUACAAUCAGUGAGCUGAAGAAGGAGAUCUCUGAUCUGAAGAACUUGGAGCAGGAGAACUGUAAACGCAAACAUGAUUUUCGUGAGCUCAGUAUAAAAAAAUGCAGCGCUAAAACAAGAGGCAUCAUUUGA